AUGAUUGUCAUGUGUGUUUGUGAGGCAGAGGUCCCUAGUUCGCUCCAGGUGGUAGAUAUUAAGGAAAAGCUGAAGCAGUCUAAAAAGUUUUGGUCCAACCUGCCAGAUGAGAUCUGUGUUAAAGACAAGAUGACAGAGUCAGAUGAAGAGCAGUGCUGGAACAGUCAUGCCAAGGCCAGGUAUUUUCCCGAGGUGGUAAAGGACGGCCUCACCAACCAGCUGAACAACCCAGAGGUAGAGGUGGACAUCACUAGACCAGACACUCUGAUUCGCCAACAGAUCAUGACACUCAGAGUCAUGACCAACAAGCUGAAGAACGCCUACAAUGGAAACGACAUCUACUUUCAGGACUCCAGUGACGAGGGCAGCGGCAGCGCCAGCGGCAGCGGCUGUACAGAGGGAUGCACCACAGAGUUUGUGUUUGUGGGUUCAGAGGCCCCCGUGGUGGGAGCAGACAGGAGUGACGAGCGCGCCUCAGCUACGGCAGGCAGCGCCCCAAAACAUCCCUCCGGACCGUCUCUACUGACGCUGCUCUCCCUGACUCUCACAGCCCUGUCCUGGCCCGGGAGAUAAUACCAGCCGGCCUGAGAGGACGCCAGGGCAUAAUCAGACAGACAGACAGCUUGGUUGUCAUGCUGACUGUUAGUGUUCUCUAAAGGGAACCGGAACAGGACUUUGGAACCCCCCAAACAUGAAGAGAUACGGUCACAGUAGUAAACCGUAGUAGACUGAGGAGUGUUGUGUGAGUGUUGCAGUGCCGCAUCCUGCUUUUGUCCCCAAGUUCUCUCUGCUCUGUUCUGCUCUUCUCUGCUCUGCUUGGUGACUUCCAGAACAGAACCUACCCGUCAGUGGAGCAGCCAAACUUCUGACCUUUUCUCUUGUCUCCAAACCAACCCAACCCGCUUCUCUCCUUAACUCUGACUGAACAACAACGUGCUCCUUUCUCUCCUGGAGAGACAGAACGAGAUGUUCUUUAAAAACGAUGAUGAUGAAUUAAAAAAAUACAUGAGAUUCUAUUUUUCCUUUCUUUUAUACGGCAGAAUUAUGAAACCUACCAAAUGUACAGAACAUAAUAGAAGGAGAGAAGCCUGAGAAAGUUCUGUCAGUGUCCCAUACAUCCUCCCACAACAGAGAGAGAACGUUCUGUCAGUGUC